GAAAAAAUCUCGAAGCAUUUUGGGAUUUAAUAAUAACCAAGAUAUUUUUUGGCCUUGAAGGCUUUUCAGAUCAUGUCGUCAACCUUCACCUUACGACCCACCGAGAGAAGUCCACCUGGGAAUUUGCUUGAGGGGUCUUUCCGUGUUCAAAUAGCACCCAAAGAGUUCAAGAGUUUCGGCUUCUCAAAUGGAGAAAUAAUAAGACUGUCGAGCGUAGCGUCCGGCGCUCGAGGGUUUGCUGCCGCCUGGCUUGGAAGCCAGACAAACGCAGGGAAUAAGCCUAUCGCAAAAGUGUCUGAUCUAUUAAGAGAAAAAUAUGGUCUUUCUCUGCACGAACCGACUGUAAUAGAAAGAGCCACUGAGCCACUGAAACCUAUAGAGUUCAUUGAAGUCAGUUAUCCUGAAAAUGCGACCGCCGUCGGCAGCUAUGAAUCAACGGAGGAGCUUUUGCAUUGGAUUCGUUGUAGUCUAGUGGAUCUGGAUAUUAUUCUUCCAGGAUGUACAUUCGAUGUUCAGCAAAAGGGAAUCAAGUCCCGCCAGAAGAACACCAAACUCCGCGUCACUGUAGACAAGAUUCAACCUGCUCCAGGCACCGAGAACCCUCUGUACUUUGAUCCCAUCAAAUCACAAGUAAUCACGAGUAAUUCACCUCUCAGCAAUCAGAAACCCGCAGCUCCCCUAACUAGAUCAUUCCGGAUCAGUAAGGAAGGCAUCGGCGGACUAUCUGAACACAUCAGAACUAUUGAUACCAGUGUAGCUUUCCUGAUGAAUGACGCUCUCGCUCUCGCAGACUCACAUCUCCUUGGGCCUACAGCGUUUCUGAUUCAUGGUCCGGAGGGAACGGGAAAAUCCAUGCUACUCAACCGGAUUGCUCAGUGCGACUGGCAACAAGUCUUCACAAUUAAUCCAUCAAUGUACAGCUCCAAAAAUAUUACCAGAGAUGUUACCGAGACUUUCGAGCAAGCUCGCCAGACUCAACCGAGUGUGAUCCUCAUGGACGACCUAGAUAGGCUUCUUGGAAAAGCAGAAACUCUCGUAUCCCAGCUCAGAGCUGAGAUGGGUAAUUUAGAGGGUAGUAGGGUUGUUGUUGCAGCUACAGCUCGCAGCGUCUACGAUGUCGAUGCAAGCCUUCGAACGAGCUCUGCAUUCAAGACCGAGCUCGAGAUCUUUCCACCAAAUGCCAAGCAGAGGGAGGACAUCCUGAGACAAACACUUGGACUUAGCCGUUCUACCAGCAACGUGGAUUUUACCCGUUUAGCUGAGCGAACCCAUGGGUUCGUUGGUCGAGACAUUCAUAAACUAUGCGGCCUUGCAAGGAACCGACGGGUGCAAGCCAUUUAUCAGACCCUGGAGGAUGGCAAUGAAUCAGUUAUUGCCGAAAAACUGAAGGAAGGGGAUUUUGUUAGCCAGGAGGAUUUCGAUGAUGUUAUUGACCAAGUGCAACCAACCGUACUGAAAGACAGCAUUCUUGAAGUGCCGAAAGUGAGAUGGACGGACAUUGCGGGAUUGGAUCAUGUUCGUGAACUCCUUGAAGCUAUCACGAUACGCCCAUACAAGUAUCCUGAUCUCGACGUCAAAUUCGGCGGACCCCAGUCCCGUAAAGGAGUCCUACUGUAUGGACCCCCGGGUUGCGCAAAGACAUUGAUCGCUCAGGCGGUUGCCACUGAAUCUAAUCAAAACUUCCUCGCCGUGAAAGGGUCGGAGCUGAUCAAGAUGUACGUUGGAGAAUCGGAGCGUUCGAUUCGAGACGUGUUCCGACGUGCGCGUGCGGCGAAGCCCUGUAUCAUUUUCUUUGAUGAAAUUGAUUCCAUAGGCAAGUCACGCGAAAAGUCACAAGACAGUGGGUUGAAUGUAGUUGCGACUUUGCUCAAUGAGAUGGAUGGAAUCGAAGCGUUGAAGGAUGUCUUCAUCAUUGGCGCAACCAACAGACCUGAUAUCCUUGAUUCGGCUCUGAUUCGCACAGGCCGCUUCGAUGCGCACAUCCAUAUCGGACUUCCAAACGAAGAGGCGCGGAGACAGAUCAUUGAGAUCCACACAAGGAAAAGACCUCUAGCGAGUGAUGUCGAUCUUACUCUUCUGGCUUCGAGUACAGAGGGAAGCAGCGGUGCUGAUCUCAAGGGCCUGUGUGCUGUUGCAGUAGAAAUGGCCAUCUCAGACUACACCCAACAUCCAGAAAGUGUACCAGAGAUCGGUAUGCGCCACUUUGAGCGCGCAUUGGCACAGCAUGUGCCACACACUGAUGCGAAGGAGGCUGCUAGGUAUGAAGGAUGGAGACCUGGGAAAUCGCUAUCGUCACCCGCAUUCACAUUCUGAUCAAGCUUGGUUAAGCGCAUAUGUUGACGGAGCUCGGAAACCGGAGUACGCUCUCAAUCAUCAGGGCAUGCGAGGGCUAUCGAAUGCAUUCGGAAGCAAAAAGCUGCUCGAAGGCAUAAUGUUGUGAAUGAGGCAAUUGACAUGUACGGAUUAUCCGGAUGCACCGCACGAACAUGUUCGAGC